AUAGAGAAAUUUCAAAAAAGUUAAAUAUUAAGGAUGCCAUAUACUAUGUAUCUGAGUCUUGGGAUGCCGUUGAAGAUCAAACAAUUGUCAAUUGUUGGAGAAAGACUGGAAUUCUAUCAUCAAUUUCCCGUGAAGAAAUAGAAGUCGCCACCUAUAAUCAUGAUAUGUCGUUAGAACAGCAAGAAGAUGAUGUUGGUAACUUGGUAAUAGACUUGACCUCUCAAGAUCCAGAUCCGGAAAUUGAAAGCCAAUUAAACACAUAUUUAGACCUCAAUGACUUGCAUAUAAUAACCAAGGAAAAGCUUGAAGAUUCAAAAAUUAUUAAAAUUGUUUUAGAUGAAGAAAACCAACGCGAAAAUGGAGAUCUUGAUGACUCGGAUGAAGAACAACCUGAAAUUCCUAUUUCAGAAGGGUUAAUGGGUUUAAAUAAAUUUAUUACCUUUUUUGAACAACAAAUUGAUACGGAUUUCAAAGCUGAGGACCUUAAAAUUUUUCGAAAAUACUUAGCUUUGUUAAACCGAAAAUAUAGAGAAUCUAAGCACCAAGCAUCUAUUAGUGAUUUCUUUACACCGUUAGAUAAUGAGGAAGAUUAUGAUGUAUUGUGA